GUACUUAAGUACUAAAAUAAAUGUAAUAAUUAGAGAGGUACUUGAUUAAAUAUUGUGAAUGCCAUUGAUAAAAUUUAUUAUAAAUUGGAGAGUAAGCGUGGAUCGAAUUCAAUUUGGUUUUCAAUUUUGAAGAAAUCAAAAUGCAUUCGUUCUUGGCAAUUUUCUGUUUGUUCGUUUGCUUGUCUUGGACAGAGGCAAAAGAAGUUUCCCAAGAAUUCCAUAAGGUACAAGGAGUCAAUAAAACCUACUUCAUUUACCCAGAGAAGAGAAACGCCAAUGAUGCAUCGAUACUAUGCGGAAAUAAUGGAUUAGAAUUAUUAACAAUAAACAACGACGAAGAAACCGAAGAAAUUACAUUGGAGGUUGUUUCAGCAAGAAACUUCAACGAAACCUUUUGGACAUCCGGUUAUUAUACAUUGGAAAUGAAUUGGGUGUGGGGGAGCACCAAUCAACCCAUCACCUACACCAAUUGGGGAAAGGGACAACCCACUGACGGUAUUCCCAAUAAAGAUUGCAUUUUAUUCACCCAAGAGGAUUACGAAGGUACCUGGAUUAAUGCCGACUGCCAGGAGGAACAUGUUCCGAUUUGCGAACAAGUCAUUUAUUAAAUGAAUAAUUCUUUGAUUAUGUUUGUUUAGUUUAUUAAAGUGUUAAUAACGAAACAG